AUGGAGCCUGCCUCCCUCGCUACUGGUAUCGUCGCGCUCGCCGGCCUGUUCAACAACGCCAUCGACUGCUUUGAAUACGUCCAGCUUGGCCGGAGCUUUGGCAAGAACUUCCAGACCAGUCUGCUGAAGCUGGACAGUGCACGCCUGCGGCUAUCGCGAUGGGGCGAAGCUGUAGGACUGAGUGGAGACCUGAGCGACGUGCGAUCAUUGCAGCAGACGUUACGUUCAGCACAGGACGUGGCUAAAGCUGACGCAAUACUGGGCCAAGUCCUAGACUUGUUCGCCGAUGCAGAAGGAGUUUCCGUCAAGUUCAAGAGCCGAGCCAAGCCUGGCGACCAGAGCCUGCUAGUGUACGACUCUCGAACCGAGCUGGAACCGGUCACAGCAUCCCUUCAUGAAAGGAUGCGUGAACUGUCCUUGAAACGCCAGAGUCGGACCGGGCUGCGACAGAAAGCCAAGUGGGCGAUGUACGAGGAGAAGCAGUUCAGAAGACUGAUCGAGGACAUCACCGAACUGGUCGACAACCUGGUAGAGCUCUUCCCAGCUGCUCAGGCAUCUCAGCGGCGUCUCUGCGAGGUUGAGGUGUCCGAGAUCGGGGCAGAGGAGAGUCUUCCGGUCUUGAAGGAGAUCGUCGCCAAUCAGGACAGAUAUCUGGAAGCUGCUGUGUCGAAGGCUCUUGAAAGCCGCAAGGGCGGUUCGCCCAACGUAGUUUUCUCAGGAAACAACAACUCGGGCUUUCAGUCUGCAAUCAACUACGGCACCAUCAACUCGCGCUGGGGAGCAGGCGCCAAAUAG